UACUGCUUCUCUCCUUGCUGCAUGACCCAUCUCCUCAUUAUAGGGAUGCCUAAAAAAGGCAGAUCAGCAGGAAGCUGUCAUGGCAAGAAGAAAAAUAAGAAAGAGGAGGAGGACACAGAAGUGCCUUCUAAACACAGAAAGACAGACCCCACCAGCCCUGCAUCUCCACUGUGCUUUGACUCUCCAGCAAGCCUCUUCCAGAGUCUGAUCUCACCCAUGACUGUGGACGAGUUCUUCCUCAAGCACUGGGAGAAGAAACCGUUGCUGCUGCAGAGAUCAGACCCAGCACUUGUGUCUUACCACCAGUCCCUCUUUCAGCUGUCAGAUCUUAAACAGCUGUGUGUCCAGGGUCUGGAGUACGGCAGAGAUCUGAACUUUGUGCGCUGCGUAAACGGCAACAAGGAAGUGAUGAACAAUGCGGGGCUAGUGAAAUACAGCCGGCUGCGAAAGGAUUUUAAUGAGAAGAAAGCCACUAUCCAGUUUCACCAGCCACAGAGGUUUAAGGACGAGUUGUGGCAUAUACAGGAGCGACUGGAAUGUUUCUUCGGGUCGCUGGUCGGAUCCAAUGUCUACAUCACACCGGAGGGGUCUCAGGGCCUGCCACCUCACUAUGAUGACGUGGAGGUGUUUAUUCUGCAGCUGGAAGGUCAGAAGCACUGGCGCCUGUACGAGCCGACCGUCCCGCUGGCCCGCGAGUAUAGCACAGAGCCUGAGGAGCGCAUCGGAAAACCCACUCAUGACAUCAUACUGAAGGCAGGUGAUCUGCUGUACCUUCCCAGAGGAACCAUUCACCAAGCGGACACACCCACAGGAGUAGAGCACUCCACGCACCUCACUCUCAGCACAUAUCAAAUUAUGUCAUGGGGUGACUUUGUGUUGGACAUCUUCCCUGGUUUGAUGUUUGACUCCAUGAAGAACGACAUCGGCUUGCGUCGUGGUUUACCCAGAAAUCUCCUUACUUCUGCACACAUGGGUUCUGAGGUAAAGAAGCAGGUGUGUACGAUGCUGAGGAGUCUAGCCGACCAACUGGAGCAGGACGAACAGGAUCUGCGCUCCUCCGAAAUGAAAAAGGACUUCAUCUCCAACAGACUCCCACCUUACCACCUGCAGGCAGAAGAUCUCGCUCCAGUUGGGAAGCUGCCAACGUUGGAGGACUCGGUGUGUGUGAGGUUCAGAGAGCACAUUGUUCUAACACUGGAGCCGAGUCCAGACAAAACAGAUGAAGCUAUAAAGUUAGCAGCAUUCGUGUUACACUCGCUCAGGAACAAAAGAGAGACACACAUGAUGGGGCCCCAAGAUGAUGAUGAUGAUGAUGAGGAGGAGGAGAAGGAUGAAGGGGAAGAGGAAGAAAAGACAGUCCAGGGUCUGGACUUCCCCAUGUCACACCUCCCUGCUUUGCAGCAGCUCCUGAGUGGAGAGCGACUCCGUGUGGCUGAGCUGCCGCUCCAGCAGGAUGCUGAUAAACUAGGCCUGGUCCUCGGGCUCUGGAUAGAGGGAUUGCUGCAGGUCUGCUAACUAGAUGCGUUUUGAUAUCUACCCAAUAUACUGUAGAAAGUAAUUGGGAAAAAAACUAAAAUUGCUAUUCCUGAGUACAAAGAAAACAGGCAAUCAGAUCUAUCAUUCUCUACCAUGUGCAGUGAGUUGUGUGAGCCUUCAAACUUGGCCAUUAGGUGCCUUAAAGGAAUGUCAUUCUGCUGUCUUCUGAGAAUAAAGCACAAGUAAUGAC